AGCAUCCUUCCUACUGAAGACGUACCACGGAGGACACAUUGUCAUCAGGUUGGCAAUGGCUGGCCACAAACAGUCUAACAGACCUUUCUACCGCAUUGUGGCAGCUUACAACAAGCGAUCACGAGACAGGAAAUACAUAGAACAGCUGGGCUCUUAUGACCCCCUGCCAAACAUCUACAAUGAGAAACUGGUCAGCAUCAACUCUGACAGGAUCAAGUACUGGAUGGGCUGCUGUGCACAUCCAACGAAGCCUGUGGCCAAACUUCUAGGACUGGCUGGGUUCUUCCCCCUGCAUCCCAUGACGGUGACAGAAACAGAGCGUCACAGGGCCCUGGCAGAGCUAGCAGAGGAAGCAGCUCCAGAGGAUGGAGUUAAGCAGCAGCAACUUGGAUAGCUGGAGCAUGAGGGACUGUCAAGCAUAGCAGGGUGUGGUUACUGUACACGAAGGACAGCUAGAAAUGACAUUCUCCUCCCAAAAAGGUUAACUGUUUCCAGUGAAAGCCUUUGAACUAUGAAUAUUCUUA